AUGUUUAUUCAAACAGAAACGACGCCAAACGAGGACUCUCUCAAAUUUAUCCUGGGUGUGCCGGUGAUGGGCGAUGGCACAGCUGAAUUCCUGGACACGCGCUCAGCUCUCAUCUCUCCGCUAGCCAUUAGACUUAUGGGCGUGGAAGGUGUUUCUGGUGUGUUCUAUGGCCCGGAUUUUGUGACGGUAUCGAAGGACUCAGAACACCGAUGGGCGGUCGUGAAACCCGAAAUAUAUUCUAUUAUUAUGGAAUUCUUCUCGUCCGGGCAAAAGCUUUUCCGCACCGACGAAGAGCGAGAACAAGCGGGACCUCAAGACACACGAAUUUUGGACACCGAUUCAGAGACGGUUGCAAUGAUCAAGGAACUGUUGGAGACGAGGGUACGACCUGCCAUCAUGGAGGACGGAGGAGACAUUGAGUUUCGUGGAUUUGACGAAGAGGGAGACCGGUUGGUCAAAGUCAAACUCAAGGGAAGCUGCAGGGGAUGCGACUCGAGCACGGUGACACUGAAGAGCGGAAUUGAAAGAAUGCUGAUGCACUAUGUUCCCGAGGUGAAAGGUGUAGAACAGGUGUUAGACCAGGAGGAGGAGAUUGCGCUAGAUGAAUUCACCAAACUGGAAGAAAGAUUGAAGAGGUGA